AUGGGGAAACAACUAUUUCUUAUUCUCAACUUUGUUCUCUUGUGGUGGUGGAGCUCAAUCACAAUCUCCGGAUCAUACUCACAAAACCAAACAGAUCGGCUUGCGUUAGCCUCCUUCAAAAAUGCAAUACAUGAAGACCCGUUCGGAGUCUUGAGCUCUUGGAAUGAUUCUACCCAUCAUUGUGAGUGGCAAGGUGUAUUCUGCAGCAAAAGGCAUCCUGGGAGGGUCACGUCCCUAGUCCUAAGAUCGCAAGGCUUGGAAGGCUUCCUAUCUGCUCAUAUAGGUAACCUCUCUUUCCUAAGGGUCAUGGUUUUACAGAACAACAGCUUCCGUGGCGAAAUCCAACCACAGAUCGGCAACUUGUUUCGGCUCCGUAAUCUCGAUCUUAGUAACAACUCAUUUGGCGGGCCAAUACCCUCCAAUCUUUCCCACUGCUUGAACCUUGAAAUCCUGAAUCUCAUAGAUAACCAACUUGUGUGGGGAAUUCAUUUCGAUCUUGGUUCUUUAACAAGACUUAAACAAUUGCUCUUGUCUAAGAACAGUCUUGGAGGUCCUAUUCCUCAUUGGAUUGGAAACCUCUCGCAGCUACAAGAGCUCUCCCUGGCAAUAAAUGAGUUGAGCGGAGAAAUACCCAAGGAAUUGUCCAAACUCAAGAGAUUGACACUUUUCCAACUACGUUCCAACAAUCUAACCGGUGAGGUUCCAACAGGGAUUUUAAACAUCUCUAACCUUCAUGUAUUCAGUGUUAGUCAUAACCAGUUGCAGGGAAGUUUUCUCAAUGAUGUCGGCAUCACUUCUCCUUCUCUCUGCUACUUUGUUGCCAGCUAUAACUUGUUCACCGGGAUGAUUCCAUCAACGUUAACGAAUGCCACAGGUCUUGAAUAUCUUGUACUUUUGAACAACAAUUUCCAUGGGCCAAUACCGAAAAAUCUGGGAAGGCUAAAGGGCCUUUAUGUGAUUGCAUUGGGUUCAAACCAGUUGCAGAAUGACUUGAGUUUUAUUUCUUCUUUAGCUAAUUGUUCCAACUUAAAAACUCUCGGGGUGGAAGGGAACUUAAUUCACGGAUCAUUGCCAAGAUCCUUCUCCAAUCUCUCCACCAGCAUGAAGGAAAUUGCUUUGUCAAACAAUCAGAUCCAAGGAUCUAUUCCCUUAGCCCUCGAAAAUCUCUUCAACUUGUUUGCCUUGGAUUUGAGCAAUAAUAAUCUAACUGAUCGCAUUCCUCAUUCCAUCGGAAUACUUUCCAACUUGGAGCGACUUCUUUUAAGCGGUAACAUGUUUACUAGAGAGAUACCAUCUUCGAUUGGUAACAUUACGUCAUUAGGUCGCCUUGACCUUUCCUCCAACAUUUUCCAAGGCUACAUACCGCAAAGUCUUCGCAACUGUAAGCAACUAAUUGAGCUUGAUCUUUCGAAUAAUAACCUAACUGGCUCAGUUCUUGCCGAAAUCGUGGGCCUUUCUUCCUUGUCGAUCACGUUGAGUCUAGCAAAUAAUAAUUUAAGCGGAUCUCUUCCAUUGCAAGUUGGAUCUUUAAAGAACCUUGGCAAAUUAGAUCUGUCUUACAAUAGACUGACUGGCUUAAUCCCGGCAUCCAUCAGUGAGUGCUUGGUAUUGGAGCGACUUCACUUAGAAGCUAAUUCAUUUCAUGGUCAAAUCCCCGAAGCUUUACGUCCAUUACGGGGUCUACAAGAGCUGGACCUUUCCAAUAAUAAUUUUUUUGGUCCAAUCCCAAGCUUUCUCGCAGAGCUCCCACUACUCGAGUACUUGAAUUUAUCCUUCAAUCAACUAGAAGGACGAGUUCCAGAGCUUGGAGUUUUUCUUAAUGCAAGUUCUGUAUCGAUUUAUGGAAAUACGAAACUCUGUGGAGGUGUUCCCAGUCUGAAGCUACCUCUUUGCAAAUCAUCAAGCUCUAAGAAGUCUUCUUCAACCAAGGCUAGAGUAAUAUAUGGGGUAGCUGGCAGUUUGUUAUGUUUAGCUUUGUUGCUCCUAUGUCUGUCUAUCUUUUACCACAAAAAGAAGCAGACGACAACCAUUGCCUCCACUUCAUUAUCUUUCGAGAACCAAUUCUUGAGGAUUUCUUAUGAAGAACUCCUAAGAGUGACUAAUAGAUUCUCCGAGACCAAUUCGAUUGGUAAAGGGAGAUACGGCACGGUUUUUAAGGGGAUUCUUGAUGGCGGUGCCACGGUGGCAAUAAAGGUGCUCAAUCUAAUGCAAAGAGGUGCUUUGAGGAGUUUUAUCUCCGAAUGUCGAACUCUAGGAACCAUUAGACACCGAAACCUCGUGAAGAUACUAAGUGUCUGUUCGGGCGUGGACUUUCGUGGCAAUGACUUCAAAGCUCUAAUAUAUGAGUUCAUGGCUAAUGAGAGCUUGGAGGAGUGGCUGCACCUUGGGACUAUGGGACGAGAUGAUGAGUGUAAUGAAUCAAGAAAUUUGAGCCUAGUGCAGAGGUUAAACAUCGCCAUUGACAUAGCUACUGCGAUCGAAUAUCUCCACAAGGGUUGUUAUCCAGCAAUCGUUCAUGGAGAUUUGAAGCCAAGUAAUGUGCUUUUGGACAAUGACAUGGUGGCUCGAGUUGGAGAUUUUGGGCUUGCAAAGAUCAUUUCAACAGUGUGUGUCGAAGCCACAGGAGUUCAAGACCAGGGUAGUUCAACUUCAACCGCAGUCAGAGGAUCCAUUGGCUAUGUGCCGCCUGAGUAUGGCAUGGGACACAAGGUUUCCACACUUGGAGAUGCAUAUAGUUACGGCAUUCUAUUAUUGGAGAUGUUCACUGGCAAAAGACCCACCGAAGAGGCCUUUGGGCACCAUCUUAACCUCCACAACUUCGUCCGAACGGCUCUUCCAGAUCGGGCAAUGGACAUCGUAGACUUAAGCCUUUUGAGUGAAGCUGGUGAUCGACAACAGGAGAUCAAAAUCAGAGAUUGCAUUUUCUCCAUAUUCGAAGUUGGAGUUGCAUGUUCGAUGGAAUCACCGCCGGAUCGGAUGGAUAUGACUGAGGCGAUCAGGAAAUUACACUUGAUCAAGGCAAGUUACGAAGCCAAAGAGAGGAGGAUAGGUAUGUAG